AUGGCUGACGCCGCACCUACCGCAGCGACUACAACACCUGCACAAUCGAAUACAGCUCCUACCACUACCACGACGAAUACUACCACGAGCACAUCAAAUACCACAAAUCAAGCACAACAAAACGCAUCAACACAAAGCACAAUGCCCUCAAAUACAGCAGGAACUAAUAAAAUCCCCGGCGCAAACCCUACUGCAGCUUCUUCGACGACCGCAAACGCGAACAGCAGCACUAGCGCCGCAGCGGGCGCGACAGCAAAUAACGAGAAUCGCGGAUUACCAUACUACGAAAAACUGCGUCGCGAGUUACGUGAUACACUACAAAAGAAGAGACUGAUGGAUAAAAGCAUGGCCCAGCUAGAAGAACAAAUCUACCGCUUCGAACAAUCAUACCUCGAAGACACCAGCGCCGGAAACAUAAUCAAGGGCUUCGACAACUACAUCAAGGGAUCAAGUAGUUCAUCUGGGCUUGGAGGCGGCGGAGGGGGCAGUUUGUCGAUUACAGGGUCGACGGGAACAGCAAUCACAGGCGGACGACGGAAAACUGGGUUUUCAGAGGUUGAUAGGGUGUUUAGUAAGAGUUCGGCUUCGUUUAUGAGGGAUUCGCCAGCCCCGUCGUCAGCACACACUACGCCUUCACAUGCGCCAACGCCCACAUCGUCGCAUGGCGGUCCCUCAUCAACACUAAACAACGGCGGUAAUGGCACAAACACGAAAUCCGAAGGCUCAAAAGGAGGAUCAUCAAAAAACAAAAAGAAAGGUGGUGGAUCUGGGUCAGCAUCUACGCCGGUGGCUACGAAAGAUGAGGAUGAUUUUGAUGCGGAUGGGUCGAGUAAGCCGCCUGCGAAGAGAUUGAAGAUUACUUAUGGGCGAGAUUGA